AUGGUAAAUGAUGUCCAAGGUCAAAGCCCGUCGACGGGAAUAUCUACGCCACCAUUAAUAAACACAAAAAUUAUUAUUUCUUUCAAGGAUAUUCCACCACACGUGAGUCGAAAACAAUCUGACAACAACUCACUCCACGGUAUCGACAUUGACAUCUUGGAUGAGUUGGCUAACGCCCUUAAUUUCAAAUACAUACUAAUGGAACCGGAAGAUGGGUUGUUUGGCGCAAAACUGUCUAAUGGCUCGUGGUCUGGGGUUGUGGGCAUGGUCUCAAAAGGGGAAGUAGAUUUGGGUGUGGGUCCACUCACUAUAAACGCGGAGAGAUCGGAAGUAGCAGUUUUCACAACGCCAUUCAUGCAGGACAGCUUUGGAAUUUUGACUCCAAGACCGAAAGAAGCACAAAACUUGUUCCAAGUGUUCCAACCAUUUGACCUGUUCAUCUGGCUGGCGGUGUCACUCUCCGUUCUGCUGGCCUGCUUCGUGUUUGCCACUAUCGCGUUGACAACUUCUGUCCACACAAAUAAUGGCAAACACGAAUUGCUAAGGAUAAAUGUCAAUGAGAGCGUCUUUCUGAUUUUAAGUUCAUUCUUUGAACAAGGCCCGACUUUACACCCGACUUCGGUGUCCUCCGGUUGUUUCCUGAGUUUCUGGUUUGUCUUCACCAUCCUCACCAUGACCACGUACACGGCUCACUUAGCAGCUGUGUUAACUGUGUCCACACCUGUCCGGCCCAUAAACUCUCUACAGGAUCUUGUUGACCGCAGUGAUAUGAAAGUGGUGGUCCGAGCAGGUGGAAGUGCCUAUAGCUUCAUUACGGCUAAGUGCAAAAUUGAAGACUUGGCUUAA